CAGUCUCUCACACUCACACAUACACACUCUCUUUGGCUCCAUUCCCAUUUGAUCGUCACGUUCACGUUCACUUCAAUCCUUUCAGCUUCUUCUUCCGUCGCUGAUAUUUUCCUCUUCUCCUCCAGAUACUCCAAAAACUCUCUGUUUGUCCACUUUCCCUUUAAUACCACGCAUAUUCCCACUCGUUCUCUCGCUCUUUUGGACUACACGUAAACAAAAUCAAAAUAUCUUCUCUGAUUUUUUCAGUUAAAUAACUUAAAUAUCUCUCCCUCACUGUGCUUGUUUUUUAGACUAUUUCAAAAUACUAGUAAAGAAAGAUCAGUUCAGUGGAUUUCUUUUCCUUUUUCGUGGUUACAAACAAGACCUUGUUUUCCAGAUUGUUAUGGCGGCUAUCAGAGAAGCUAACGGUGCCGCUGGCCGUGCCAUUCCUGCUAAAGUCCCUGCGGUGGCGCAGCCUCUGGCCGACGAGCCAGCGGCGAUUGCGUCGAAUAUCAAUUACCACGCGCAAUUCAGUCCUCAUUUCUCGCCUUUCAAGUUCGAGCCGGAGCAAGCGUACUACGCGACAGCGGAGAGCGUUCGCGAUCGUCUCGUGCAACAAUGGAAUGAGACCUACCUUCAUUUUCACAAAGUCGAUCCUAAACAAACAUACUACUUGUCAAUGGAGUAUCUUCAAGGGCGAGCUUUGACUAAUGCAAUUGGGAACUUGAAAAUUCAAGAUGCAUAUGGUGAUGCUUUGAAAAAGUUGGGGCAUAAACUCGAGGAAAUAACGGAGGAGGAGAAAGAUGCAGCUCUAGGAAAUGGUGGUCUGGGAAGGCUGGCUUCAUGUUUCCUAGACUCAAUGGCAACAUUGAAUUUGCCUGCAUGGGGGUAUGGUUUGAGGUACAAAUAUGGGCUGUUCAAGCAGCGAUUCACCAAGGAGGGCCAAGAAGAAAUUGCCGAGGAUUGGCUUGAGAAGUUUAGUCCUUGGGAAGUUGUUAGGCAUGACAUCGUAUAUCCUGUCAGAUUCUUUGGCCAUGUUGAGGUUAAUCCUAAUGAAUCCCGAAAAUGGGUUGGAGGAGAGGUCGUGCAAGCUCUAGCUUAUGAUGUACCAAUUCCAGGAUACAAUACUAAGAAUACUAUUAGUCUUCGUCUCUGGGAAGCAAAAGCUUGUGCUGAGGAUUUCAACUUAUUCCAAUUUAAUGAUGGACAAUAUGAAUCUGCUGCACAACUUCAUUCUCGAGCUCAACAGAUUUGUGCUGUUCUAUAUCCUGGGGAUGCCACGGAAAAUGGAAAGCUCUUGCGGCUGAAGCAACAAUUUUUUCUUUGUAGUGCAUCACUUCAGGACAUCAUAUUCAGAUUUAAGGAGAGGAGACUAGAGAAGGGAUCAUGGCAAUGGUCUGAGUUUCCUAGCAAGGUUGCAGUACAACUGAAUGAUACUCAUCCUACGCUUGCAAUUCCAGAGCUGAUGCGAUUACUAAUGGAUGACGAAGGACUUGGAUGGGAUGAAGCUUGGGAGAUCACAACAAGGACUGUUGCCUACACCAAUCACACAGUCCUUCCUGAAGCACUUGAGAAAUGGUCACAAGCUCUGAUGUGGAAGCUUCUUCCUCGCCAUAUGGAGAUCAUAACAGAAAUUGACAAGAGAUUCAUAGCAAUGAUUCAAAAGACACGAACUGACCUUGAAAGUAAGCUUCCCAGCAUGCGCAUUUUGGAUGAUAACCUCCAAAAGCCAGUUGUGCGGAUGGCAAAUUUAUGUGUGGUUUCUGCGCAUACGGUAAACGGUGUUGCCCAGUUACAUAGUGAUAUCUUGAAGUCCGAGUUAUUUGCAGACUAUGUUUCUAUAUGGCCAACAAAAUUCCAAAAUAAAACCAAUGGCAUUACUCCUCGCCGAUGGCUCCGAUUUUGUAGUCCUGAACUCAGUAACAUUAUAACCAAAUGGUUAAAAUCAGAACAAUGGGUCACCAACCUCGACCUACUUGCAGGUCUUCGACAGUUUGCCGACAAUGCAGGCUUCCAAGCUGAAUGGGCCUCUGCCAAGAUGGCUAAUAAGCACCGUUUGGCACAGUACAUAGAACGAGUGACGGGGGUGAGCAUUGACCCAAAUAGCCUAUUUGACAUACAAGUCAAGCGCAUCCAUGAAUAUAAGAGACAGCUGCUGAAUAUUCUGGGGGCAAUUUAUAGGUACAAGAAGUUAAAGGAGAUGAGCCCCGAAGAGCGGAAGAAUACAACGCCACGCACCAUCAUGUUUGGGGGAAAGGCAUUUGCAACAUAUACAAAUGCUAAAAGAAUAGUCAAGCUGGUGAAUGAUGUCGGUGCUGUUGUCAACACUGAUCCCGAGGUCAAUAGCUACUUGAAGGUGGUUUUUGUUCCAAAUUACAAUGUAUCUGUAGCAGAGAUUCUUAUUCCAGGAAGUGAGCUGUCACAACAUAUUAGCACUGCAGGCAUGGAAGCGAGUGGCACAAGCAACAUGAAAUUUGCACUCAAUGGUUGCCUCAUUAUAGGUACUCUGGAUGGGGCCAAUGUAGAAAUCAGGGAGGAGAUUCAGGAAGACAAUUUUUUCCUCUUCGGUGCAACAGCAGAUGAAGUGCCUAGGCUGCGCAAGGAAAGAGAGAAUGGACUGUUCAAACCAGACCCUCGGUUUGAGGAGGCCAAGCUGUUUAUUAGAAGCGGAGCAUUUGGAAGUUACGACUAUGACCCGCUCCUUGAGUCUCUAGAGGGAAACUCUGGUUAUGGUCGUGGUGAUUAUUUUCUUGUCGGUCAAGACUUCCCAAGCUACAUUGAUGCUCAGGACAAAGUAGAUAAAGCUUACAAGGAUAGGAAAAGGUGGCUAAAGAUGUCUAUUCUAAGCACUGCCGGUAGUGGGAAAUUCAGCAGUGACCGGACAAUUGCUCAGUAUGCCGAAGAAAUCUGGAAAAUUGGGGAAUGCCGCGUACCAUAAUUGCCUCAACGGUCCUGCUGGUUCUGGUCUUCAAAAGAUACAAUGUUGCGUAAGAUACGAAGCACAAAAAGGAAGGCGGAAAAAUAAAAGAAGACGAAGAAGAAAAGAGGAAGGCAAGUGACACGUGUACCAACAGUAGGCAUAAGUCAGCCAGGUGCUUUCCAAUUAAUUUUCAGCACAUUUUGUUUUGCUUAAAACAUUAUAAUUUGUUAAGAAAUAAUGUAAGGGGUCAGGAAUUUUAUUUUUGAAUAAUGUGCCUUAUCAUUUGUUGUA